AUUUUUAUUUAAAGUUAAGCUGUACCACUUCAUUUUCAACUCAAACUAAAUCAGUUUGUCAACAUCAUGAGUGAAUUGAAAGAGGUUUGGAACUUUAAAUCCCAUGAAGGAUACCAGAAAGCUUAUCAACAUCACAGUCGAUUUUUGAAGAAUACUCAUGAAUUUUCUAUUUAUCUUCCUCCUAAAGCUGUGAAAGGUGAACGAUGUCCUGUUGUCUACUGGCUUGCUGGAGCUGCUACUGAAGACCGUGAGUUCGCGUUGAAAACGGGCUUCCAAAAGUUUGCCGCGGAAAAUGAGAUGAUCUUUGUCGCUCCAGAACCUCGACCUGUACCAAUGGGUGAUAUGGAAAAGAGAGUUUCAUCAAAAUAUCUUGCUCAGUUCGGUUUCUAUUUGGAUGCAACUGAACCAGCUUAUGAACAGUUCAAAAUGUAUUCCUAUGUGAUGAACGAACUGAUGCCUCUAGUUGAAUUCAAGUUUCCCGUUUUACAAGACAAACGUGGCAUUGCUGGUCACAGUAUGGGUGGUUGUGGCGCUUUGAAUUAUGCCCUUCGACAUCAUGAUUUGUUUCAGUCGAUCUCGGUUUUCUCGGCUAUUUGUAGUCCUGGACAGAGUCCACUUUUGAUGGAAUGUAUGAAGUUUUAUUUUGGCGAUGGUGCUGAUGAAGCACUUCAACUGUGGGAUCCUUGCGUUUUGGCGGCUAACUAUACUGGACCACAUCGACACAUCCUUUUUGAUCAUGGUGGAAAAGAUGAACUCGACUCUUUUCUUUCGAUUCCUGCGUUUUUAAGAACUGCCAUGUUUAAAAAUCUAUCUGUUACUUACCGUCUCAAGUCUGGCUAUGCUCAUGGAAUGGAUAUAGUUGCGGCUUGCAUUGAAGAUCACAUUGUUCAUCACAGGAAAGAGUUGAACUGGAAUCCUUGAUUAAGACUUAUGAAACUCCUUGCAAAUCUUUAACUUUUUGUAUCAUAAUAUUAAUACACUUUUACAAUCCUUGUUUUGAUCAUCAGGUCAAACUUAUUAAAGUACAAACUGAUUGAGCAAAAUAAUACAAAUCACUUCUGAAAUUUAGACAAAUAAUGUUAUAAUAAUUUACUGUCUUUCAAUUUUUCAACAAAAUUAGUAUGAUGUAAAGUAAUAGCGUAAUAAGUUAUUAUUAAGAUGAAGUUUACCGAAAACACAUUUACACAUUUCUUUAAGAUAUUCAGAUAUUGAGUUGGUGUUAUUGCCAUACCCGAUGUUUUAUAAAUCAAUGCUUAAUGUACAAUAAAAGUAGAAUUAUUU